GGGAUUCAAGAAAGAAAGAAAGAAAGAGAAGCAUAUAUGUCUUCAAGGGGGAGAAAAAAAGCAGCUAUGCAACGCAUGUUGCAACAGCUUCGAACCGCCACAAAUUCCAGUGCUAUGAACAAAGCCUCUAUUAUCGUUGAUGCCACCAAAUACAUGGAAGAGUUGAAGCAAAAAGUGGAGGGAAUUAACUCAGAGCUAGGAACCGUUGGAUCUUCAUCAUCAACCUCCCAAGAUGAAUUACCAAUGGUCAUAGUAGAAACCCUAGAAAGGGGUUUUCUUAUUAAUGUGUUUUCAGAAAGGAAUUGCCCCGGUAUGCUUGUGGCAAUACUUGAGGCCUUUGAAGAACUGGGUCUUGAUGUUCUUGACGCUAGGGUUUCUUGUGAAGACAAUUUUCAGCUUGAAGCUGUGGGAGGAGAAGGUCAAGAUCAGAAGGAGAGCAUCGAUGCGCAAGUGGUAAAGCAAGCAGUGUUGCAAGCAAUCAAUAACAUGAAUUAAAGAUCAAUUUACAAAAAUGCGGAAAGAAAAAAAAAUAAUGUAGCGCUUUUGUUUUGUCCCACUCAUUUUCUAUAAUCUCGUUUUAAAUGUAAAACUUACGUAUCCAAGUGAAAGAAUCUAAUAAGUGAUAGUAAUAUUAUAUGUUUUAUUAAAAAAGAAAUAAGAAUAUU